AUGUAUCCUCAACAACACUACCAAUCUCAACAACAUCAUGAACAACAACAUCGUGAACAACAACAACCCUACUAUUCCUUUUUCCCUCCCACUUCAGAUUCUUCGCUUCAUCCUCCCGGCACUAUCCCAGUUGCAAAUUCAGCACCUUUUCCCGCUCCCGCUUCUGCUUACGCCUCACAAACAGCAGAUUAUCAGAAUUGGGUCGCUCAACAACCUGAACCCAUCGGUUACGAUCUUGGCAAUGCGGUUGCUUCAUCAUAUGAGACUUCUGCACCUUCUGCGUGGAAUGCUAUAUGGCCAUGUCAAAUUUAUGGCAACGAGACUACAACAAUGUUGCCGAACCAAACCAAAUUCACCCAAGCGUUGAGGUGUGAAGUGUGUAAACUUGAUGUCAAUAGCAGAGAUUCAUAUGAAAAGCACAUCGCUGGAAAGAAACAUAAGAAAAUUUUACAAAGUGGCGUAAGUAGCGCCCAAGUACAAGCGCUAAUUGGUCCUGUAGUCAAGCAACCGGAGACUAAGAAACAGGUGGUACAGUCAAAGGUUUGCACAACUUGCAAUGUUUUAUGUACAAGUCACGACACAUAUAUCAAACAUAUUGCUGGGAAAAAGCACGCAGCUCAGGUUUGCUUGAUGUCUAAUGGUGGCAUUGGUCUAUCUAUUGCGGAAUUCAAGCGUAACGGAGUUCCUCCAUUUCAAAAAGCCGCUAAGAAAAUCAAGGUUGCUCAAUCUGCAUGGUGCGAAACUUGUAAGAUUAAUUGUAACAGCAGGGAUAUGUACAUUACACACUUAGCCGGAAAGAAACACUUGAAGAACUUGGAGAAACUGUCGAAUCCGAAAAUCGACGUUGGCACCAGCGCCACUGCCACUGCUACAAAUACUCUAAUUGGACCACAGGAAAAGCCAGAUACCGAUCAACCAAAAGCAAAGAAGGCAUCAGAACUCGAUAUCGAGGCAAAGAAACGUAAAGUUGUGGAAGGAGGAACUGCGGUUAAUAAUGUUAAAACGUGUACUUUAUGCAAUGUGGUGUGUAAUAGCGAGACGGUUUUCAAUUUGCACCUUGUUGGCCAGAAGCAUGCUGCUAUGGUAAAGAAAGCAGAAUCAAGCACUGGUUGA